AUGUCAGAAGGAAAUCAUAGCACCGUGACUGAAUUCAUUCUUACUGGAUUCCCUGGACUUCAUCCUGAGUACCAAGACCUUGUCUCAGCAGUAUUGUUCUUAGUUUAUGUUUUAACUUUGAUAGGCAAUGUUACCAUUUUGUUAUUAUUUGCAACCAACCACAGUCUCCAUAAACCAAUGUAUUAUAUCAUUAUAAAUCUGAGUAUGUGCGACAUUCUUUUUAGCACAACCACUUUACCGAAGAUUAUCAGUAGGUAUUGGUUUCAAUCAGGGACCAUUUCAUUCACUGCUUGCUUCAUCCAAAUGUAUUUUGUUCACUAUCUUGGCACAGUGAAUUCCUUAAUUCUCUUCCUGAUGGCUUUUGAUAGGUAUGUGGCGGUCUGCCAUCCUCUCAGAUAUCCCAUUAUUCUUAAAAACUCUAGUAUCCAAAUUCUUAGUAUUACAGUAUGGAUUAUUGCCAAGGCAGCCCCUUUAAUGUUAGUAAUUAGGGCAUACCCUCUCCCGUACUGUGCCUCAAACAUAAUCAACCACUGCUACUGUGAUCAUAUCGGUAUAACAAUGCUGGCAUGCACUGACAGAGCCCCGUAUGGUUUUCCUGCUUUUGUAUUGGCAAUGUUUGCCUUACUGGGACCUCUGGCAUUUAUAAUAUUCUUAUAUUGCUCUAUAAUUAUAGUAGUACUUAAGAUUGCAAAUGUACAAGGUCGCAUAAAAACUCUGUCCACUUGCAGUACUCAGCUGAUCAUAAUUGCUCUCUAUUAUUUACCCAGAUGUUUUGUGUAUAUCGCCAGAAAUGUUGGCAUAGAAUUUAGUGCAGAUAUGCGAAUAGUAAUAAUCAUGUUGUAUAGCCUUUUCCCCCCCAUGAUUAAUCCGAUUAUAUAUUGUUUAAGAGCUAAAGACAUGAGAGACAUUUUGUGGAAGCAAUUCAACGGACGCAUCAUUCCACAAAAAGCACAAGUUUUAACCAUUAGCAAUUGA